GCAGCUCCCGGGGGCAUGCACUGUGUGAUGCCUGUGUCUGCAGCCAGGACAUGGAGGAUCCUGACGUUCGUGGUGGCGCUGCCCGGCGUGGCGAUCUGCAUGCUGAACGCCUGGCUGCAGAAAGAGCAUCACUCCCACAAGCCUGAGGAGUUUGUGCCCUACCACCACCUGCGCAUCCGUACCAAGGCCUUUCCCUGGGGUGACGGGAACCACUCCUUCUUCCACAACCCUCACACCAACCCCCUGCCCACAGGCUACGAGAAAGCGGGGGGUCACCACUGAGCUGGGCCGGCCUCGCCAGGCCUCGCGCCAAUAAAUCGGAGCGGAUUGGUC